AUGGAAACUCUAAUAAUUCUAAGUAAAUUUUAAAAUCUAGCUCAAAAGACUAUUUUAGUUAAAUUGCAUUCCAUAAUCGCUCAUCUUCGUAAUAAAAAAGAGCGUAAUAACUACCUUUGUACAUAUGAGAAGAAACUUCUAUCAUUGAUGAGUGGCAGUGAUCUCUGUCCUUUAUAAGAAGAAGUUAGCAAGGAGGAUGACGAUUCUGUUAUAAUCAAGGUAGAUGUUUAAAAGCAGUAAACAACUGAAAGAAAUUCUUACAAUCAUCAAUAAAAUUCUGCAAGAUCUUAGAAUUCUUCAAAAGCAUAGACGCAUCGCUCUCGACAAUCCAAUAAAUCAAAUCCAUACUUCCCACCAUAACAAAAUCAAAAUCAGUAUUAAAAUUAUCCCAAUGUGCAGAUUAUGAAUGGACAUGAAAGUAAUAGACACUCUCAUGAGAAUGUAAAAUCAGAUUCAGAAUAAAACCUACACAGUCAAGCAUCAUCGUAGAGUCUUCUUAAGGCUAAUUCAAUGAAAACCUCUAGUUCCUAUGUAUCUGGAGACUAUAACUAUAGUUCAAAUAUGGAAGAGGCUUAACUAUAUGAAUUUUUGAAGAACCAGCAAGAAGAAGAAUCUUUAUCUCCAAAGUUAUUUGACCAGAGACUUAAAGCAUCUAUGGAAGAAAAUAUUAGUUUGCAAACAAAUUCAACUGCAACGCACAACACCUCUGGAAGUUCUUAAAAUUAACAAAUGCUAUAAGACUAAUUAGUAAAUGACUUCAAUUAUCUCUAAAAGGAGAAAGCUAAGAAAAUCAUAGAAUCCUUGAAAGCAUAAGCUUAGAAGCCAUCUCCUCAUUCAAUUCCUAAUAUUCCAAAAGUUGAGAAGAGAUUAUUUGACUAUCAGAAGAAGCUUGAGGAAAAAAUAGAGCUAUAAAGAAAAUAAAAAUAACAAUUAGAAAUGUAACAAUUAAGACCAAUACCACAGAUUUGUGAUAAGACUAAUGAAAUCUUGAUGAAGAAAUCGAUGAUAAUUUCUCAUGGAAAUAUUAACCCAGACCUUACCUAAUCUAACAUUUCGAAUAAUAUGUCGAAUCAUUUUUCCCCUAAAACCAUAUCGAUAUCUCCAAAUAGAUCUAAUAUAAUGUAGAACUAAGGCACUAAUAUGUUUCCCAUUCAUCCACCUUUAGACAAAUCAAUUUAAGGAUAACAAUAGAUUAUAUUCUAGAAUUAUCAAAUAGAGUAAAAGGGUUAUUAUGAAGAGCUAAAACGUAAAGAGGAGUUAAGAUAAAAAAUCAUUGAGGAAAAAGAACUUUAGGGAUUCACAGGAAAACCACAAAUAAAUAAGAAAUCACAAAUGAUAAAGAGAAAAGUUGAUGAUUUAAUAGAAUGGAAAGAUGUUUAAGAUAAAAAGCGUGAAGAGGAGUUGAAGAAGAAAGCUCAUGUAGAGAACUAAGAAAUUUAACAAUUUUAACAAGUAAAAGUGGUUAAUAAAUAGUCAGAAAAAAUGAUUGAGAAUAGAUACAAAGGCUAGAGGGGAAGCGAAAAAGUAGAGGACCGAUUGCUAAGAGAUGCAUCACUUAGAUAAAAAAAGCAAUAAAAAUAGCAAGUUAAGCAGAUUUUCUACAUUAGUGAUUUAGAGGGGAAAAAAAGUAAUACAUCUAGAAUAAGGAAUAGAUCUCAGAGCAAUCAUCAAAGAUAACAAAAUGCUUAGCGACCAAGCUAUCAGCUAUUAAAUCAGCAGCGGGAAACUUCUAAAUCAAGAAAUAGAUCUCCUCAAUAUGCAUCAUAGUAAAAUACUCUUAAAGAGAAUAGCAUCAAUCAGGACAUGAUGAAUAAUAAAUUCGAUCAAAGAAUAUUUUCACAGUCCGUAGAAGCUCCUAAUCAAUACAAUCAAUACGGUUCGACAUCACCUUCCAACAGUAAUAACUAUCAAUUUACAAAUAACACCUAGGUCUUGUCACCAUAUGCUUAAUCUGCACGCUCUGGAUACAGCACCAAUCCAUUUAAUAACUCAUAUUUCAAUAACUAAGUUUCAGAGCAAAUAAGUUAGCAUUAGAUUUCACAGAUGUCAUCUUAAAUUCCAUAAUCAUAGAUUUCAAGUCAAAAUUAGCAAUAGUUUAACUAUGCAUAACCUCUAAUAAAUCCUUAAAUUUAACAAAUGUUUUAUAGUAACAACAUUGGAGGUGGGUCUUUUGAUCUCAAUUAAUAUCAAAACACACAGCAAUAGCUGAAUCAUAACUUUUCACCUUAAAAGAUGUAUUAGCAAAUGAUAAAUUCUCAGAAUUUUAAGUAAAAUUAUAACUUGCAAAACUCAAACUUAAUGCCAAUCUAGCAAAUAUCUUACUUUGAUCAAUCAUAAAGUUAGCUACAAAAUAUCUCAUAAAUGCACCCUACUCAAAUAUUGCAGGUCUCUAAUAUCUCAUAACACAGACCUAGUCUUGAGAGUUAAGGAACUCAAUUAGAAAAUUUAAGCAAUUUCAUUUAAUAUUCUUAGGGUUCAAUACCACCUUAGUACUAGUAUCAUAACCCAACACUUAUAAACCAUUACUAAGGGCAAUCAAAUGCCUUAAAUAAUGGGUAAAUGUAGCAAAGAACUUCUCAGUAAUAAUAUGUAAAUUAAUAGUAGCAAUAACAAUAGUAAUUUUUAAGCUAGCAAACCUAAAAUAUUUAGAAUGUAUGCUAGUAAUAAGCAGUCAUUUCUCCUCAAAAUAGAAACGCUUUCUAAGAGAUAUAAAAUAUGGAAAGAUACUAAUAAUCUGCUAAUAGCAAUCUACCUCUUUAGAUGAUAAAUCAAAACAAACAUUGUCAUAAAAAAUAAGAUAGUUUAAGUGGACAACCGAGUUAAUCAAAUAAUAGUAAAAAGACUAAGAAAACAUAUGAAUCUCUUUUCGAUAAAGUACAAAGAAUGAAUGUAAGUUAAACAUCAUCUGAUUUUGACAGCUGUCACUCGUCAUAAACUGUGCCUAUUGUUUCUGCUAAUGGUAAUCAAAUAUAUCCUUCUUCACAAAGCCCAUGCAAUCAGUAAAAUAAUCCUAUCACAAGUGGUGAAUUCACUUGCAAUCCAAUAAUUUAAAAAAUAUAGCCAGAAUCUCAACUUCAAUAUAAAACCAAUCCUUUAGCAUAUGAUCUACCACUCCAACAACUUUAAUCAUAACCUUCUACUCAUUAAAUAAAAAGUUUCAACACUAUUGAUCCAAGUUUUGGCUAAAAUUCUGCUCCCUCCAAUAUUCAUGAGCCUACUUAAACUUAAGACGCUUACUUGCAAAGCUAAAUCUCUUAAGCUCUUCCCUUUACCUAUCAAAAUCCUUUAUAUAUGACAAGCUUUUCAGGAUUAAAUAAAAAUCUUCUGUUUUAAACUAACAACUAAGAUCAAAUAAUUAAUAAAAUUCUUGACAACUCUUUCAUUCCAUCUGGCAAUGUUAAUUAAUCUAGAAGAGUUUCAAAAGGUUGUGAUAUCCCACAGUUAUAAACCAUGACUGCAAAUAACAAUAGUGCUGAAUUUAAUGAUGUCUAUAAAGAGAUAGAAAACAGAAUUUCAAAUGAGAUUCCAAUCCAGUAUCAAUCUAGAAAUACUGCUGAUCAGGGAUAGUUGCUAGAUACUGACUUCAUCAUAACAAAUACAAGUCGAGGCUCGGAUUAAAAUAUUGUGAGGAAUCUUAAUAAGGUGUUGAGUCAAGAAGCUCAAGCUCUUAAUCUCCAAAAAAGUGUAAGAUCAUAAUCUGAGGCUGAAAGAUAGAAGCAGCUUUCAAGAAAUAUAAGUCCCUAGAAAUAGUUUUUAGCUAAUCAAAGCACUAAAGACUCAACAAAUAAUCUUAAAAAUAUGAAUUUUAUGGAUAGAAAUAGCCAAUGGCUAGAACACAAGAAGUAUAGGCUUGAGAAAGCUAAAGCGAUACAUGAUUAAUAAUAGGAAAGAGAAUGCCCGUUUAAGCCUUAAAUAAAGCCUAUUACCGUUUGCGAUAAAUUAUCUGGACAGUAAAAUCAGAGAUCAAGAUCUUUAAGAUCUAGUACCGUAAGUCAGGAAAAAAGUAAAUCUGUAUCAGCUGAGUGUAAAGAAUAAAACAAAAAUAAAAAUUCAAUGGAGAGGGAAAUUCAAGUUAACAACUUUAAUGAUUAAGAUUAGAUGUGCCUUACAGAUAUGUCAGCAUAGAGAGUUAAUAAUUUUUAAUAAGAUCUUAACUCAACAUAGAGACUCAAAGAUAUGCUUUAGUUUAAUGAUUAAAAAAUACCAGGUCUUCAAAAUUCCCAUAAUGAGUAAUUGUCAAAUUUAGCUAAAAAACGAAGUCAGCUAAUCAACGAUAUCGAUGAUUUAGAUAUUAGUGGACAAUGUGAUAUAACUACACUUUCUCCAGACCCUAAAAACUAACUCAUUGCUAAUGAGAGUAACUUUGAAACUUCUUUUCUAAGUUCACAAGAAAAAGAUUAGACUAGUAGUAGUGAUAGAAAUAAUAAUGUAGUGGUAGGGGGUUUUAGAGCUGGCUAAGUCAAAAUUCUUAAUAAAAAGAUGAUCUAUUUCUGA